AUGUUCCAACACAAGGCCAACGAGGCGGCCUUUCUCAGUUCCUCGAAACUCCAAGACUGUCGUCUUAAACUUCCAGGAUUUGGUCGUCCAUUGGACUAUGCUCCAAGCGAGAAGAACAUCUAUGGUGUUCAUAGUCGGAGUCUGUUUCCAUCUGCGUUAGACGAUAGGGACAUCGAAGCCGGCUAUGUAGAUCUGCCUGUUUUGACUCUGCGUGAGAUUGCUAUGCUAGGUUUCCUGGAAGAUUUGACUGAUAUCCCUGAGUGGUGGAAAAAGGUCUUUGAUCCCACUAUCCAGGAGAAGUGGAAAAGGGAUGCCAUGGAAUGCGGUAGAGACAUCACGCUACGCAUGGCAGAAUGGAUAAUCGACGAGCUAGAGUUCAAAGCGAUGAUUUACGAAACGACAGACGUUGUUGCUCUGUACAAUGGCGAUGUCACCAAGUCUGAUACGAACUUGUCUAAAUCGCUCAUUGCAAAUCUUAGCACCCAGAUCAGAGCUCUGGAAUACGACCAGCCAGAGUUGAAAUUCUAUCAUUUCGGAUUCUUGAGCAAACAGCGAGACUUUAUCGCCAUGGCGCUGUACCCGCUUGUCUAUGGCAAGAGUCGCAUUCUUACGGACAAGACGAUUACACUCGAGAACGCAAUCGAGCACGCUGGUCAGGGCGAAAUCAUCCCCGUCCCCCGGGAGACUGGGAUCACCAGAGAGGAUAUCGCCUGGCGAGUCCUCUCCCGGGCAGAUAUCAAAGUCCACCCUUACAGCCGCAACUACCAGAUCCUCCCCACAGACUGGGAAUAUCGUGAAGAUGGCCGGUGGCACAUAGCUACUUAUAUCAACAAUCUUCACCCGGUAAAGCACCGCAACAUCUACAAACUCCUUGAGGAGUGUUUCAACAACAUCAUCCCUCAAUGGAACGCAACACUGACCCCCCUGAAAGACCAGCUCCACGCCCGUGCCCGAAUUGAAUACCACAAGGCGGAAUAUUAUCCCAUUUCCAAGGAGCUUGCGGCACAGGCACCCCAGAUGGGUCCUCGGGAAGCACAAAGCGAGUUUGACGACCGAAACGAGAAAUGGAAAAUGGAAAAUCUCCGCGCUAUUCAACCCGACGCAGAGAAGUUUAUUCCCUGGGCUGUUCCUCCCUGGAUGAUGGACAAGCUGCCUGAGGAUCUCCCAACUCCUGUUCGCAUUGAACGAGGCGUUGAUCUUGUCCGCGACUACAAAGACCGGGGACUGCAGGUGGUGACUCGUCUACUUGGCUGUGAUCUCACCCCCGAAGAUCCAACAUUUGAAACAGACUGGCACGUCGAGGGUCAAAUGAACGAACAUAUCUGCGCCUCGGCCUUCCUCACCUACGAGCACGAUAACAUCGAAGACGCUACAAUGGAGUUCCGCAAUAUUGCUGAGACAGACACACUGUCGGAAGUCGAGCAUGACCCGAAUGACUUCAUCUGGCUGCGUCAAGUCUUUGGGCUGGAGAACGGCGAGCCGGCCAUUCAAUGCCCGGGCGUGAUCCGCGCCAUUCCCGGCCGAACAAUCAUGUAUCCUUGCACCAUUCAGCACAAAUUCACUCGGUUCGAGCUGAAAGACAAGACGAAGCCUGGACACGGACGCGCCGUGGUAUUCUUCCUGAUCGAUCCUAAUAUUCGCAUUAUUUCCACCGCCAAUGUUCCGCCACAGCGCAUCGAUUGGACUAUGAAUUUGCAGUCAUCGGAUGAGGAGCUGAAGGCUUCGAUGUCUAAGCUGGCCCUUGACAAUAGGAAGAAUAAGGGGAAUAUGCCGCUUAGUUUGGAUGAGGCUUUGGAGCAUCGGGGUAAAUUCUUGCAUGAGAUUAUGGAGUUUACGCGGUAUCAGCAUGUGGCUUUUGAAUCUAGUGUUUUGUCGCUUUAA